GCCGCGGCGUCCGCGUCUGCGCCGUCGGCCGACCGCCGCGGGCAGCGGCGAUUCCCGCGUCUUCAGCUCGGCCUCGGCCGCCGGCGGUCAGACAGGAGCGCGCUCGCCAAGGCCUUUAUGAUGUCGGAGCUCAAGUUCACCACGGACGAGCCGGUCGAGGGCACCGACCUUAUCCAGUUUCGCGGCAAGGGCGACGAUUACUGCGCCUUCAUGGAGCCGCUCACAGAGCAGCUCUGCAACGAGCUCGGCGUCAAGAUCCGCUGCUUCGAGGUGUGGCACGACAGCAGGAACCUCGAGCUGCUGCAGAGGCUCGACGCUGGACGGUGCAACGGCGUGCCAUUCUUCUACAAUAAGCGCUCCAAGCAGUUCAUCUGCGGCGCAACCACGUACGAGAACCUCAAGACCUGGGCGCUGGGCAAGACGUGCGAGGAGUUUGCGCCGCCGCCGGAGCUGGAGAAGCUCGCGCGCGAGCAGCAGGAGGGCCCGAUGAACAAGGUGCAGGCGCUCAUGGCGGAGGUGACUGCGAAGGCGAAGGCGAUGAUGGACGAGCGGCAAGAGAAGGAGAGCGCCGAGUAGCAGAGUCGACUAGAUAUUAAGCGAAAGUUAGAGAGCGGGGCCAGUGCGUCUUUAUUCGAAAGACUUUCCGGUUGACGAA